GGAAGGACACGCACCGCCCAGCGAUCGCCUCCCGCCAGGGCGCCCCGGGGCGGGAGAGGUUUUAGGCGGGUGGCGCUAGCUCUGGCCACUCGGCCGCUGGGCUCGUGCGGGGCUCUCCGGUUGCUGCCGCUGCUGCUGCUGCAGCGGUCGCCCGUACCGGUUGGGGGUCAGCUGGAAAGCGGAGCCGAGGCUGUCAGCUUGGGCGCAGCUGCCUCACCAACCUUCCUCCUUGGGGCACGGUCCGGACACCUGACUUGCGGGGAAAAGUUGCUCUGCCAAGUUUGCCGAAGUCCUCUGCGAGUCCCGGCGUGGGGUCUCUGGCAACGAGGGUCCCCUCUGCUGUUGCAGAAGCCUCCCCUGCCCCACCUUGGCCCCCAGCAGAGAAGGAAAGAGAGCCCCAUGCCUGAACCGAGGGGAGCAUCAUGGAUCUGACAAAGAUGGGUAUGAUCCAGCUACAGAACCCUAGCCACCCUACGGGGCUGCUGUGCAAGGCCAAUCAGAUGCGGCUGGCCGGAACUUUGUGCGAUGUGGUCAUCAUGGUGGACAGCCAGGAGUUCCAUGCUCACCGGACGGUGCUAGCCUGCACCAGCAAGAUGUUUGAGAUUCUGUUCCACCGAAACAGCCAGCACUAUACUCUUGACUUCCUCUCGCCAAAGACCUUCCAGCAGAUCCUGGAGUAUGCCUACACGGCCACGCUGCAGGCCAAGGCGGAGGACCUGGACGACCUGCUGUACGCAGCCGAGAUCCUGGAGAUUGAGUACCUGGAGGAGCAGUGCCUGAAGAUCCUGGAGACCAUCCAGGCAUCGGACGACAAUGACACAGAGGCCACCAUGGCAGAGGGCGGGGGCGAAGAAGAAGAGGACCGCAAGGCUCGAUACCUCAAGAACAUCUUCAUCUCGAAGCAUUCCAGCGAGGAGAGCGGGUAUGCCAGUGUGGCUGGGCAGAGCCUCCCUGGGCCCAUGGUGGACCAGAGCCCUUCAGUCUCCACCUCUUUUGGUCUUUCAGCCAUGAGUCCUACCAAGGCAGCAGUGGACAGUUUGAUGACCAUAGGACAGUCUAUCCUGCAAGGAACUCUUCAGCCACCUGCAGGACCCGAGGAGCCCACACUGGGAGGGGGUGGGCGCCACCCUGGGGUGGCUGAGGUGAAGACAGAGAUGAUGCAGGUGGAUGAAGUCCCUGGCCAGGACAGCCCUGGGACAGCCGAGUCCAGCCUCUCAGGAGGGAUAGGGGACAAGCUUGAGGAAAGGAGCAAAGAGGGGCCUGGGACUCCCACUAGAGGCAGCGUCAUCACCAGUGCCAGGGAGCUGCAUUAUGGGCGAGAGGAGAGUAGUGAGCAGCUAUCACCUUCGGUUGAAGCUAGCCAGGGACCCCCUGGCCGACAGGAGCCCCUGGCACCCCCUGUGGAGAAGCAUUUGGGCAUCUACUCAGUGUUGCCCAACCACAAGGCCGAUGCAGUGUUGAGCAUGCCGUCUUCGGUGACCUCUGGUCUCCAUGUGCAACCUGCCCUGGCCGUCUCCAUGGACUUCAGCACCUAUGGCGGCCUGCUGCCUCAGGGCUUCAUCCAGAGAGAGCUGUUCAACAAGCUGGGUGAGCUGGCUGUGGGCAUGAAAGCUGAGAGUCGUCCCCUGGGGGAGCAGUGCAGCGUGUGUGGGGUCGAACUUCCAGACAACGAGGCCGUGGAGCAGCACAGGAAGCUGCACAGUGGAAUGAAGACAUACGGGUGUGAGCUCUGUGGAAAACGGUUCCUGGAUAGUUUGCGACUGAGGAUGCAUUUACUGGCUCAUUCAGCGGGCGCCAAAGCCUUUGUGUGUGAUCAGUGUGGUGCCCAGUUCUCAAAGGAAGAUGCCCUGGAGACACACAGACAGACCCAUACUGGCACGGACAUGGCUGUCUUCUGCCUGCUGUGCGGGAAGCGCUUCCAGGCACAGAGCGCACUCCAGCAGCACAUGGAGGUCCACGCGGGUGUGCGCAGCUAUAUCUGCAGUGAAUGCAACCGCACCUUUCCCAGCCACACCGCUCUCAAACGCCACCUUCGUUCACACACAGGUGACCACCCAUAUGAGUGUGAGUUCUGCGGCAGCUGCUUCCGGGACGAGAGCACACUCAAGAGCCACAAGCGCAUCCACACGGGGGAGAAGCCCUAUGAAUGCAAUGGCUGUGGCAAGAAGUUCAGCCUCAAGCACCAGCUGGAGACGCACUACAGGGUUCACACAGGUGAGAAGCCCUUUGAGUGCAAACUCUGCCACCAGCGCUCCCGAGACUACUCGGCCAUGAUCAAGCACCUGAGAACGCACAACGGUGCCUCUCCCUACCAGUGCACCAUCUGCACGGAAUACUGCCCCAGCCUCUCCUCCAUGCAGAAGCACAUGAAGGGCCACAAGCCUGAGGAGAUCCCGCCUGACUGGAGGAUAGAGAAGACGUACCUCUACCUGUGUUAUGUGUGACCCGGGGACCCACACACAUGGUAGAGCAGCAGCAGGAGGCAGCAAAGACAAGCUAGAGCGAGAUAAAGAGUAAAGACUGUGGAGAAAAGAAAUCAGAAAGAAAAGGGAAAUAGAAAAGAAACAGAGAGAAGGAGAAGGAAACCUGGUAGUUAUUUGGCCUUGGAUUCCUUCUGGGGCUCAGGUGAUCUGGCUGUCAUACUGCUGCCCCUCCCCCUGAAGGUCUCAGCCCUCCUUGGUUCUCUUGGGUGGGAUGGGGUGGUUUUGCUCAUUCACACAGUGGCAUAUUUUUCUCCUCUCCAAAACCCAGACCUUCCUUUUGUGUCCAAAAAUGGAGACCAAGAAGCAGGUGUGAGGUCCUCAGGUCAGCUGAGGGCCUCUGCCCUGACUCCUUCCUUCCCCUCCUCUGAAGAGGGUGGGAGGGGAGCAGAGAGGGAAGCUGGAGAUGGUAAAGGAUCCCUCAUUGAUGCUCAGAGUGGCAGCUCUGGCAUACCGGUGGUAGACUGAGAAGGGAAAGGCUUUCUGCUCUGCCCUGCUACAUCUGGUGCCCCUCAAGGUCUCAGAGCCUUGUGGCGCUUCUCGUUCUUCAGCUUCUUACACCUGCUUAAUGGCUGUUCUCUGGUCACAAGGGGCUCAUGCCCUGUGUGGAUCUGGACUAUAUAUUACUUAGGUUUCUCCUGGGGAAAGCUGUGUCUGAUUCCAAAACCCCUUCCUUCCUUCCUUCCUUCUCUUAGCUUUCAGAGAACACAGAACAAAAUAAACUAGGCACUGUACCCCAGCCAAACUCCCUCAUGAGCAAGAUCCCCGCCCGCUGAGCUGCUUUCUGCUUGCAAAAUGGAAACAAAACAAAACAAAAACCAACUAAAUAUAUUCCAUCCAACAAGCGCACAUCCCUGCAACCCCAAUUUAGCCCCUCUGGGAAGGAAUCCCAUCAUCCUAUUGAAAGGUCCCAUUGUCCAAGAUAAGGAGUUGGGUGCCCUCCUGCGGGUGAACUUUACUUGCAGAUGGGAGUGGAUAUGCUUGAUGCCUGAGCAGGGUGGGAGGAUUGGCCAGGGGAAGACAGGAAGACGUUGCUAUCACGCAGGGGUCCUUUAAGCACAGGGAAAACCCCAGAUCUGGAGGUUAGCACCGAAUUCCUGGCACAGGCCCCUCAGGCCCCAGGGAGCAUGGGGAGGAGCUGAUGGCGCUUUGGCCUCUUGUUAUGUUUGCUUUUAGCACAUUGUACUUGAAUUACCUCAGUUUCUCUCUCUCUUUUCUUUUCUUUCUUUUUUUUUUUUUUUUUUUUUUUUUUUUUUUUUUUUUUUUUGUGUGUGUGUGUGUGUGUGUGACCUCAUGAGCUUUUCAGUCCCUUAUCUCCUCCCCACCUUUUUGGGUAUAUGUGUGGUGGGUCUCUAUUGGAGGAAAGGGGAGGGUGUAGUUUCCUGUUCUAGCGUAAGUUAAUAGUUGGUUUUGAACUUGACCUGGUAGAGGCCCUCCGCUUCUCUGGGUGGAAGCUAUAGGAAAAAGUGGACCACUCAGGAUCUGAAUGGAAGUCCAGGAGGACUGAGGAAGGUGGUGAGAAUGGAGAGAAUGAUGACCGGGUUCUCACCAUCCCCAUAGUGUCACUGUAGGCGCAGUCCAGGACUUAGAUCACCAGUGCCCAGCUUCAGCUCAGCUUGAAAAGCCCCAGUGGCCUUAGUCUGGGCUGGUUAGGCUUGAGGGGUCCUGUUACUAAGAUCUACACAACCACAUGGUCCACACCUCUGCUGUUACCACAGCCAGAGUUUUCACGGCUGGUGUGUGUGUGAGAGGAGCGGACCAGCUUGGUUGUGUUGUGCUGGGUGGGGCAUUGUUUCUCUAAACGCUACCUCUUCUGUUUGUCCAGCCUUUUGUCCCUUCUUCAUUUCUGCCUGUUCCCACCCUGCAGCCUCCCCCACCCUGAGUUUUGGAAAGCACAUUUGCAAUAAUCCCUUUUGCUUUGGGAUGGACCCCACCACCCCUUUCAUUUCUUUCGUGCUUUAUGUUGAAGAUAUAUUGUUGUUUUUCUCUCCUCUUUUUUGUGAGAGAGUCAUGGCUAUGUUUUGAUCUUAGAUUUUAAAAAGUGGUUUAGGGAAGCAGUUGGUAGGGAUAAAGGAUUGUAAAAUGUAACAGAAAGUCCGAGGGAAGGGACACUGCUAUAGCCCCUCCCCCUGUCCCUCGGCCACGCCCCCAUCCCUCCCAUUUCCCCCUUCAAUCUCAUCCACCAUAUCUGAAGGCCUUAAAAAUUGUGUGUUGGGAGGGUAUGGCUUGGGGGAUGCUUGACUCCCCAGUGUGAACUAGGGAUGGUAAGGAGCAGAGGGCACUGUGUUAGAACUAUAGUGAUGAUUUAGUGCAUUGGAAAGGAAAAAAAAAAAGUUUAAACUUGAGGUAUGUGACCAGAACAGUUGUCAUGCUUAUGAUGUGGAAUAACAAUCUUUUUAGGGAAGAGCUGUCUUUAAAAAUCAUUGUGCACUAUGGCUCCCUCCUUCAGUCCAGGGGGAUAAAAUGGGAACUGUUGACCUUCAGGGGAUCUAUAAAUCUCAGAAAACAGUAUUUUUAACAGUAAGAUGUUAUUCAAGAUUAGUGGCAGAGGGAAAAUAUCCAAAUAUUCCAUAGAACUGCCUGGUCUCUUCCUUCUCAGCCCCUCCCAUUCAUCCUGCCACCACCCCUGCCCAAUCAUAAAAGCUUGAGAGGGCUGAGCUGAUCUUUGCAAACUGUAAUAUUUUUGUAGUAUUUGUUAGUUCUUCUUAAGUUCUACAGGAUCUUGCUCUUUCCUUUUAUAGUGUGAAUAGGGAGGGAAAAGAUUUAAAAGGAGAAAAAGUUUAAAAAAAGUUCAUCACCAUCAACAGCAAAAUUUGUGUGUGUGUGUAUGUGUGUAGGUGAGGUCACACUGUAUUGUCUGUGCUGCUGUCUCACUGUUGGUUGGUACUCACUCAGCACCUACCUGCCCUGUCUGUCCCUGAGGGUUCUGGAGAUCCUAGUGGGAGCAGAGACAGCUUAGAAGGGACAUCUUCCUUUUGUUUCCUUUGCAGCCCAGACCCCAAAAGAUGUUCCACCAUGCCUCUCCCCCAGCUUCCCGCUCACAAAGAGGAAAUGGUUUUAAAGUUGCCAGGGCCAUCUCUGCUGGGUUGAUGGCCACUGGGCAGGUAGGAGGCUGUUGGGAAGUCUUCUGCAGCAUCCGGAGUUGGGGAGGCCAGAGGGUGGAGGCACUGUCCUUCCCAGGGAAGCUUGAACUAUAUUUGCUCCACUCCUCUUUGGGCCUUCUGGUUCGUCACACCUCUGCCUUUGGCUGUGUUCUUAAAGAACCCUGGAACCCCUACUUGUUGCUGCCUUAUCAGCUCGGUGACCUCCCACCUAGCAAAUCCAAGCUGCUUACUGCUGCCCAGCAUCUACGAAUGACUCCCCUGAUGCUGACCCUACCCUCAGUGCUUCUCCCCUGCUCACUCCUUUGCUCAUUUAAAGCAUUAAAAUCCUAUGUGUAUAUAGGAUAAACAAAUAUAUAUAUAUAUAUAUAUAUAUAUAUAGAAAGAGAGUUAUAGCAAGAGAUAUAAAAUAGAAAAAUGUCAUUGCUGCUUGGUUGCUUUAUGUGAAGAAGAGAAAGGCAGAUCUGGGGUACAAGGGUGGGUUGGAAGGCUGGGGGAACCCAGUGAUUCAGUACAUCCAGGGAUGCCAUGUGGGCUUAUUUAAAUCUUUGUGCCUGAACACUUUUUCCAUGUUGAAAGAGAGAGAAAAAAACUGCUGCAAAUUGUUACAAGUGUAUGGUACGCUUCCAGGUGGGAUGGAUGCAACUGGGAUGAGAGGGCCGGAGUCCCUUCUUAGAGGAGAGGGAGCAGGAAGCACUUUUGAUCUUGGGGCAUGGUGGGGGAAGUGGAGUGGGUAGACUUUUGGUCAAUCCCCUGGCAAGCCAGACUAGGGUGGACACUGACAAUGUGAGACAGAUUCAUAAAGAGCUAAGGUUCUGUUGGUUUACUUUUCCCUGUUUGCUAUCUCACCCCCUUCCAUCCAGUUUCCUCUCCUGGGACUUCUGGCUUGGCUACUGUGGCUGCACUUAUCUGGAGAUGCCAGUAGGAGGACAAACAGCAGAACUAAUGGGUAGGGGAGAAAUGAGAGAGAGAGAGAGAGGGAGAUGCCCAAGAGAAGGGUAUAGGACAGACAGAACAGACAGGAUCCGGGGAAGGAGUGAGGAGAAAGGAGUGAAAGCCCCAGCAAGCCUGCCUGCUAGCAGCUCUGAGUCCUCUGCUCCUGGGUGGCCCACUUUGCAGACAGGGUCCCUCGUCCCCACGUGUAUCAUAGUAUUUGUUCACAUAGUGUUAUGCAUGAAUCCUCGUAAGGUGAAGAACCGUCAUGAUGCACCAUGCCAUCGCCCUAUAUAUAAAGAUAAAUAUAUAUAUAUAUGUAUGUAAGUUAUAGCACUGAGGGCCUCAUGGCCCUGCUGGACCAAGCAAAACUAAGCCUUUUGGUUUGGGUGUUAAGUUUUUUUGUUUGUUUGUUUGUUUUUUGGUUUUUUUUUUUUUUGUCUGAUGUUGUGAGAGCACAAGUGCCAGUCCAAUUGCUUUGUAUCACAGAAUAGUGUUUUUAAUUCAUCAAUGUUCUAGUUAAUGUCUACCUCAGCACCUCCGCUUAGCCUAAUCUAGGAGGUCGCCCAAUUUCGUUUCUUCAAUUUUAUUGGUUCUUUUUGUUGUUGUACAAAUCACUCUCCCCACCCUUGUCUCUCCUCCCCCUUCCUCUCUCUUCCUCACCCACCCCACACCUCCCUCAGGUCCCCCUCCCUCAUUAGCCCCAUCUCUCCCUCCCCUUGCCUCACUCUCCUCCAGUCCAGAUUGCAGCUUCUUUCUCGUCCACUCGAAGUGUGCUCCCGUUGCCCGCUUAUCCUGCCUUCGUUUCGUGUAGAUUGAUGCGUUUCUUUGUAACUUCAGUGUUUCUGACAAGGUUUAAAAAAAAAAAAAAAAGAAAAAGAAAAAAACAAACGAAGUUACUGCUGCAGGUUUUUUUCUCCAUGUGUCACUAAGUGAAGUUUGUGCCUUCUAUAGCAAAGAGAAUAUUUUUUACAUCCUACUAACAGUAGAUUUUUUUGUAGUGAACAUUUUUUGUAUUUUUAUUUAUAAGUCUCAUAAGAAAAAAAUAGCGAUGUUCAGUUGUAUACCUUGAAUCUGCAGUUAGAAGAGAAUAAAGUUAAUUCAGUUGUCUCUGG